AUGCCUGCCUACCAUCUUGGACAGCGCGUCAACUACAAACCUGUCGGAGGCCCGAACUCCAACACCAGCUCCAGCACCGGAGUCAUCCGCAACGAGCCGGAUAUGAGGACCGGCAAAGAGCCUCACUACGAGAUUGAAAACAUGAAAACCCACAAGAGUUCAUCCAUCAAAGAAAGCAACAUCAUUGGCCCUGCUGAAUAG